UACACAACCAUGAAGAAGAAAAAGCAGGAACAAGCAGGCGUCGGAUGGUGGUGACACAUCUAAGCAGGUUCUAUGCUCCAGCUCAGGACCACAGAAGAAGAACACAGUUGUGAGAUCUCCCAGCUCCGACAAGCGGUGUUACAAAACAAUGACAGACUCCUUGAAGACAUGCUGUGCCAGGAUAUCUACAAGAAGGUCAUCAACUACAGAGGCGGAUGGGGCAUCGCGGGCACCCCUCUUCACGCUGCCGUGUCCAAAGGCCACCUCAGUUGUCUGCAGGUUCUGCUGACCCACGGUGCCCUGGUGGACUGUGUGGAUGUCAAAGCCCAGACGCCUCUUUUCGCUGCAGUUCGAGGAAAGUACCUGGACUGCGUCUUAGCGCUCCUCAGGGCCGGCGCUGACCCCAACGGGAAUUCCUCUAACAACUGCUCCCCCGUGCUCACUGCUGCUCGUGAGGGCGACGUUGCAAUACUACAGGAACUGCUCAAACAUGGUGCUGAGGUGAACUCUCGAUCAAAAGUCCUUCUCUGGACCUCAAGCGCCAGGGUGUCAAGCGGGCCACUCUACCUGGCCGCCGUAUAUGGACACAUGGAGUGCUUCAAAUUGCUCCUCCUCUACGGGGCCGAUCCAGAUUACAACUGUGCCGACCCCAGACUGCUGAGUUCCAUCAAGCAGCCCAAAACGGUGCUGGAGAUGUGUUUGAGGCACGGCUGCGGUGUGGAGUACAUUCAGCUUCUCAUCGACUUCGGAGCCAACGUCUAUCUUCCCACGCUUAUCAUUGAGAAGUCCACCAAGCAGAAUGAAGCUGUGGAGCUGCUGCUGCAGGAGAGAGGAAAUCCAAAGGCCUUGACGUCACAGUGCAGACUGGCUCUGCGAAGAUACCUCAAAAAGAUCAACAAGAUCCACUGUAUCGAGCAGCUGGAGAUGCCAACAAGUGUCAUUAACUUCUUGCAGUACAAGCCUCCCCCAGUCACCCUUCUAUAGCUCCACGUGGCAUCAUGUAUAUUUGUCUGCAUAUGUUUAUGUUUUUUUAAUUGACCACCUGGACAGCCUGUGUAAUGACAAGUCUCUUACAUUAAACGUCAAUGUGUGGAUAAGUACUGUGUACUUUCUGUGUACAUUCCCUUUGCUGUGUAUUCGAAGUAACCUUUAAUGUUCAUUCAUUCAUUCAAUUCACCUUUAUAUGCAUUUUAUUAUUUAAUGCCAUUAUGGCCUGCUUGCUUACUUUACAAAAAAUAAGUGUAUUUGUAUGUAAUAAAAUAAUGUAAUAAGUAUGUAAAUCAGCAUCAAGUUCACCAUUUUAUUCAUUCAUUUUCUACUAUCCCAGCUGUCUUCGGGCGAGAGGCGGGGUACACCCGGGACUGGUCGCCAGCCAAUCACAGCGCACAUAUAUAGACCACAUUCAAUAGACACAUGGACAAUUGGCCAAUUGGAAUUUUGGAAUGAAACCAGCGUCCCCGCAGAGAAUAUGCAAAAUCCACACAGAAAUGGCCGAGAGUGGAAUUGAACUCAUGUCUCCUAGCUGUGAGGCCUGCGUGCCACAACCACUCGUUCACCAUUUUAAACAGACAAUA